AGCAGUUUGAUUUACAAAUUCAUUACUCUUAAACAUUACUAACUUUAGAACAGGCUUUAUGUGCUCCGCGACGCUCGAUUUUCGACUCGGGGAGCUUAAUGUGACAGGUGUCAGCGUUGGAGUCCUUUUCAGCACCACUGCAUCAACAUGGGUGUGAUUGGUGUGCAGCUGGUGGUUACCAUGGUAAUGGCCAGUGUCAUUCAGAAGAUCAUACCUCAUUAUUCUUUCGCAAGAUGGCUGCUCUGCAGUGGAGGUCUUCGGUGGUACCAGCACCCUACGGAAGAUGAGUUGAGGAGCCUUGCUGGAAAACAACAAAAAACAAAGAGCAAGAAGGACCGGAGGAACAAUGGCCACAUAGAUUACAAGCCUCUGACCAUUCCCAAGGACAUAGACCUGCAGCUGGAGACCAAGUGCAUCACAGAAGUGGAUACGUUAGCAUUGCACUACUUCCCAGAGUUCCAGUGGCUGGUGGACUUCACGGUGGCAGCCACAGUGGUGUAUCUGAUCACAGAGCUAUACUACACUGUGGCCCAGCCCUCAGGAGAGAUGAACAUCAGCGUGGUGUGGUGCCUGCUGGUCCUUGCCUUUGUCAUUAAGACUCUGUUCUCCCUGACGGCCUUCUACUUCAAGCUGGAGGAGGGCGGUGAGCGCUCGCUCUGCAUCACCUUCGCUUUCUUCUUCUUCGUCAAAGCCAUGGCCAUCCUCAUCGUCACCGAGAACUACCUGGAGUUCGGCCUGGAGACAGGUUUUGCAAAUUUCUCCGAAAGUGCCACACAUUUUUUAGAGAACCAGGGGUUGGAUUCCCAGGGUCCCAUAUCUAAACUCACCUUUAAGCUGAUCCUGGCCCUGCUCUGCUCUCUGAUUGGUGCAUUUCUCACCUUCCCCGGCCUACGAUUGGCCCAAAUGCACCUGGACGCCCUCAACCUGACUACAGCUAAAGUCACACAGACCUUGCUUCAUAUCAACUUCCUGGCCCCUCUUAUUAUGGUAUUGUUGUGGGUCAAGCCCAUAACCAAGGACUACAUCCUGAACCCUACCCUGGGGAAGGAGAGUGUGCCUUUGAUGACUGAGGAGACGUACGAUACGUUGCGUUUAUGGACCAUCCUGCUGCUGUGUGUGCUGCGCCUGGCUAUGAUGAGGCACCACCUCCAGGCCUACCUCAGCCUGGCCCAGAAGGGCGUGGAGCAGAUGAAGAAGGAGGCGGGACGCAUCAGCACCGUCGACCUGCAGAAGAUGGUGGCCCGUAUUUUCUACUACCUAUGUGUAAUCGCACUGCAGUAUGUGGCACCCUUGGUGAUGUUGCUGCAUACAACCUUGCUGCUAAAAACCUUAGGUGGACACUCCUGGGGUGUAUACCCUGAGGAAGACUUCCCCUGUCUGCUGGACUCUGACCCUGCCAUGGUGGGCGCACCAACUGCAGCUCCAGGGCCGGAGGUGGAGGCCCACCUGUCAGUGGCUCUCGGGGGCUUGCGGACAGUGUUCACCCCCCUGCUUUUCCGCGGCCUCCUCUCCUUCUUCACCUGGUGGAUCGCUGCCUGCCUCUUCUCCACAUCAAUAUUCGGCCUCUUCUAUCAUCAGUAUCUUAUGGCGGCAUAGCAGCAUUGCCCCAGGGUCAGUGUGGUGUCCCACAAGGCUCUGUUCCAGGCCCGUUCAGAAGUGACUGAGUUGUCAUUAGGUGCCCUAAUGCUUCCUCCAUGGAUGACUCUAAACCUUUUUUUUUACAACCUUAUUUUUGAGAGCAGGAUUCACAAAUCCUUACCAUGAGACUAAUUUAAAUGAGGGUAGUGAUAAUAUACACUGAGUGUACAAAACAUUAAGAACACCUUCCUAGGGGCUGUUAUGGUGACCGUAUUACCGCCACACUGGCGUUCAUGACAGCAGUCAAAUUCCAUGUGACCAUUUAGUUACGGUAACUUGGCUUCUCCAAGCUCUGCUGCUGAUGGUCAUUAGUAGACUACCAAACCUGCUUACUGCCUGGUACCCAGCACACUAUUGUCACUCUGACAUCAAUGCAAAGAAAUUUAAAAUCAAACACUCCAUGUGAGCCCAUGAGCUCAUGUGCAACAUUUCUAUAGGCUAUGCAAUUGCGUGAGAAAAGUGUUUUGAUGGCCUCUAUUUUUAUGUUUUAUUUCACCUUUAUUUAACCAGGUAGGCCAGUUGAGAACAACUUCUCAUUUACAAAUGCGAGCAGGCCAAGAUGGAGCAAAGCAGUGCGACACAAACAACAUGGGAUUAACAAACAUACAGUCAAAAGCACAAUAGAAAAAUCAAUAUACAGUGUGUGCAAAUGUAGUAAGAUUAGGGAGGUAUAAGGCAAUAAGUAGACCAUAGCGGUGAAGUAAUUACAAUUUAGCAUUAACACUGGACUGAUAGAUGUGCAGAAGAUGAAAUGUGCAAGUAGAGAUUUUUGCAAUUAAUUCCAGUCAUUGGCAGCAGAGAACUGGAAGGAAAGGUGGCCAAAGGAGGAGUUGGCUUUGGGGAUGACCAGUGAAAUAUACUUGGUGGAGCAUGUGCUACGGGUGGGUGCUGCUGUGGUGACCAGUGAGCUGAGAUAAGGUGGGGCUUUACCUAGCAAGACUUAUAGAUGACCUGGAACCAGUGGGUUUGGCGACAAAUAUGAAGCCAGGGCCAGCCAAUGAGCGCAUACAAGUUGCAGUGGUGGGUAGUAUAUGGGGCUUUGGUGACAAGACGAAUGGCACUGUGAUAGACUACAUCCAGUUUGCUGAGUAGUGUCGGGGGCUAUUUUGUAAAUGACAUCGCCGAAGUCAUGGAUCGGUAGGAUAGCAUGAGGGAAGGAUGCUUUGUUGUGAAAUAGGAUGCCGAUUCUAGAUGUAAUUUUGGAUUGGAGAUGCUUAAUGUGAGUCUGGAGGGAGAGUUUGCAGUAUAACCAGACACCUAGGUAUUUGUAGUUGUCCACAUAUUCUAAGUCAGAACUGUCCAGUGUCGUGAUGCUAUACAGGUGGGCGGUUGCGGGCAGCAAUCGGUUGAAGAGCAUGCAUUUAGUUUUACUUGCAUUUAAGAGCAGUCUGAGGCCACGGAAGGAGUGUUGCAUGGCAUUGAAGCUUGUCUGGAUAUUUGUUAACACAGGGUCCAAAGAAGGGCCAGAAGUAUCCAGAAUGGUGUCGUCUGGCGUAGAGGUGGAUCAGAGAAAUAACAGCAGCAAUAGCGACAUCAUUGAUGUAUACAGAGAAAAGAGUCGGCCCGAGAAUUGAACCUUGUGGCACCCCCGUAGAGACUGCCAGAGGUCCGGACAACAGGCCCUCCGAUUUGAAACAGUAAUGUAUAUCUGAGAAGUAGUUGGUGAACCAGCGAAGCAGUCAUUUGAGAAACCAAGGCUGUGGAUUCUCCCGAUAAGUAUGUGGUGAUUGACAGAGUCGAAAGCCUUGGCCAGGUUGAUGAAGACGGCUGCACAGUACUGUCUUUUAUUGAUGGCGGUUAUGAUAUUGUUUAGGACCUUGAGCGGGGCUGAGGUGCACCCAUGACCAGCUCGGAAACCAGAUUGCAGAGCGGAGUAGGUACGGUGGGAUUCAAAAUGGUUGGUGAUCUGUUUGUUAACUUGGCUUUCGAAGACUCUAGAAAGGCAGGGUAGAAUAGAUAUAGGCCCUUAACUGUUUGGGUCUAGAGUGUCUCCCCAUUUGAAGAGGGGGAUGAACGCGGAAGUUUUCCAAUAUUUAGGGAUCUCAGACAAUAUGAAAGAGGUUGAACAGGCUAGUAAUAGGGGUUGCAACUGUUUGUAGCGGAUAAUUUUAGAAAGAGUGUCUAGAUUGUCUAGCCCAGCUGAUUUGUACAUGUUAGAUUUUGGCUAUUCGAUGCUAAUGCAGUACGCCACAGGAUGUUUUUGUGCUGCUCAAGGGCAGUCAAGUCUGGAGUGAACCAGGGGCUUUAUCUGUUCUUAGUUCUAAUUUUUUUCUGAAUAGGGCAUGCUUAUUUAAGAUGGUGAGGAAGGCACUUUUAAAGAAUAACCAGGCAUCCUCAACUGACAGAAUGAGGUCAAUAUCCUUCCAGGAUACCCGGGCCAGGUCGAUAGAAGAAAGGCCUGCUCGCUGAAGUGUUUUAGGGAGCGUUUGACAGUGAUGAGGGGUGGUCGUUUGACCGCGGACCCAUUAUGGAUGCAGGCAGUGAUCGCUGAGAUCCUAGUUGAAGAUAGCAGAGGUGUAUUUAGAGGGCAGGUUGGUCAGGAUGAUAUCUAUGAAGGUGCCCGUGUUUACGGAUUUGGGGUUGUACCUGAUAGGUUCCUUGCUAAUUUGUGUGAGAUUGAGGGCAUCUAGCUUAGAUUGUAGGACAGCUGGGGUGUUAAGCAUAUCCCAGUUUAGGUCACCUAACAGUACAAACUCUGAAGAUAAAUGGGGGGCAGUUAAUUCACAUAUGGUGUCCAGGGCACCGCUGGGGGCUGAGGGGGGUGAAUAACAACAGUGAGAGACUUAUUUCUGGAAAGGUGGAUUUUUAAAAGUAGAAGCUCGAACUGUUUGGGCACAGACCUGGAUAGCAUGACAGACCUCUGCAGGCUAUCUCUGCAGUAGAUUGCAACUCCACCCCCUUUGGCAGUUCUAUCUUGGUGGAAAAUGUUGUAGUUGGGGAUGGAAAUUUUUGGUUGCUUUCCUAAGCCAGGAUUCAGACACGGCUAGGACAUCAGGGUUGGAGGACUGCGCUAAAGCAAUGAAUAAAACACACUUAGGGAGGAGGCUUCUGAUGUUAACAUGCAUGAAACCAUGGCUUUUACGGUUACAAAAGUCAACAAAUGAUAGCGCCUGGGGAAAAGGAAUGGAACUGAGGGCUACAUGGCCUGGGUUAACCUCAACAUCACCAGAAGAAGAGGAGGAGUAGGAUAAGGGCAUUGCUAAAGGCUAUAAGAACUGGUAGUCUAGUGCUUUGGGGACAGAGAAUAGAAGGAGCAGAUUUUCGGGCAUAGUAGAAUAGAUUCAGGGCAUAAUGUACAGACUAUGGUAGGAUGUGAGUACCGUGGAGGUAAACCUAGGCGUUGAGUGAUGAGAGGUUUCGUCUCUGGAGGCACCAGUUAAGCCAGGUGAGGUCGCUGCAUGUGUGUGGGGUGGAACAAAAGAGCUAUCUAAGGCAUUUUGAGCGGGACUGAGGGCUCUCCAGUGAUAUAAAAACUAGCCAAUACAGCAGUAGACAAGCCAUACUGACUUUAGAGAGAUGCAUAAAGCAAACACAGGUGUUGAUCAGGAGAGCUAAGACAACAACCGGUAAAUGACGAUGAAUUGGCAGAGCAGGUCAGUUAGGUACAUACAGGACCUGAGUUUGAGGCUGGGGCCGACAGGUAAACAAAAUGAGGUACCGUGUUAUUGAAACAGUCCAGGGGUCAUCAGCUAUGUACAUUGAGGGGAAGAAGUAUGAUCCCCUGCUGAUUUUGUACGUUUGCCCACUGACAAAGAAAUUAUCAGUCUAUAAUUUUAAUGGUCGGUUUAUUUGAACAGUGAGAGAGAAUAACAACAACAAAAUCCACAAAAAUGUUAUAAAUUGAUUUGCAUUUUAAUGAGGGAAGUAUUUGACCCCUCUGCAAAACAUGACUUAGUACUUGGUGGCAAAACCCUUGUUGGCAAUCAGAGGUCAGACGUUUCUUGUAAUUGGCCACCAGGUUUGCACACAUCUCAGAAGGGAUUUUGUCCCACGCCUCUUUGCAGAUCUUCUCCAAGUCAUUAAGGUUUCGAGGCUGACGUUUGGCAACUCGAACCUUCAGCUCCCCCCACAGAUUUUCUAUGGGAUUAAGGUCUGGAGACUGGCUAGGCCACUCCAGGACCUUAUUGUGCUUCUUCUUGAGCCACUCCUUUGUUGCCUUGGCCGUGUGUUUUGGGUCAUAUUCAUGCUGGAAUAUCCAUCCACGACCCAUUUUCAAUGCCCUGGCUGAGGGAAGGAGGUUCUCACCCAAGAUUUGACAGUACAUGGCCCCGUUCAUCAUCCCUUUGAUGCGGUGAAGUUGUCCUGUCCCCUUAGCAGAAAAACACCCCCAAAGCAUAAUGUUUCCACCUCCAUGUUUGACUGUGGGGAUGGUGUUCUUGGGGCCAUAGGCAGCAUUCCUCCUCCUCCAAACACGGUGAGUUGAGUUGAUGCCGAAAGAGCUUCAUUUUGGUCUCAUCUGACCACAACACUUUUACCCAGUUGUCCUCUGAAUCAUUCAGAUGUUCAUUUGCAAACUUCAGACGGGGAUGUAUAUGUGUUUUCUUGAGCAGAGAGACCUUGUGGGGUCUUCAGGAUUUCAGUUCUUCACAGCGAAGUGUGUUACCAAUUGUUUUCUUGGUGACUAUGGUCCCAGCUGCCUUGAGAUCAUUGACAAGAUCCUCCCGUGUAGUUCUGGGCUGAUUCCUCACCGUUCUCAUGAUCAUUGCAACUCCACGAUGUGAGAUCUUGCAUGGAGCCCCAGGCUGAGGGAGAUUGGCAGUUCUUUUAUGUUUCUUCCAUUUGCGAAUUUGUUGUCACCUUCUCACCAAGCUGCUUGGCGAUGGUCUUAUAGCCCAUUCCAGCCUUGUGUAGGUCUACAAUCUUGUCCCUGACAUCCUUGGAGAGCUCUUUGGUCUUGGCCAUGGUGGAGAGUUUGGAAUCUGAUUGAUGGAUUGCUUCUGUGUCUUUUAUACAGGUAACAAGCUGAGAUUAGGAGCACUCCCUUUAAGAGGGUGCUCCUAAUCUCAGCUCGUUACCUGUAUAAAAGACACCUGGAAGCCAGAAAUCUUUCUGAUUGAGAGGGGGUCAAAUACUUAUUACCCUCAUUAAAAUGCAAAUCAAUUUAUAACAUUUUUGACAUGCGGUUUCUGCAUUUUUUUGUUGUUAUUCUGUCUCUCACUGUUCAAAUAAACCUACCAUUAAAAUUAGUGUUUUCCCUACUGCCGUAUGCACAUUCCUCAGCUUAUAAUAUAAAGAAAAAAUCUUGAUAAAUUAGGAUUUAAGUUAAACGUGCUGAUCUGUUGCAUCAGCCUCAUUGCUUUUAAAAUUAAUUUUGAUGUGAGUGGUUGUAUUCAUUUGGGAUCUAUCGCAUCUCAUAACUGUCUCAGACUAUGUUUAGAAUAUUUAUUUCUUGCACAGAAGGGCAAGUUGACCAUAGGUAAUAGGUAAACUUUUGUGGUACGGUGGAUAGCAGCUUGACAUAGGCUAGUGUUUUUGCCCUUCGUUUGCCCUUCACUCAUCUUGUUGGCUGACAAUGUAAAUGUGGACUGUUCUUCUAACAUCUUCAGUAUGCGCCUCGGAAUUCGAUAAGAGGGACAAGCGCAGUUGCGUGUGUCUGUCUUCACUUGUAGCCUACUUAGCUGAGAUGCCUGUAAGAAGGACACGAUCACAUGACGGGCAUUGGUUAAAAAUAAUUGAGAUAUCUGAGAGAGCCAUGUGAGUGAGAGGUGCUUUGGAGCAAGGCGAUUGGCAGCCGGGAGAAGGGAAUUAUAAUGAUUAUGUUCAGCCCAAGGGCAUAAUGUCCACUUUGGCUGCAAAAGGCAUGGGUUUUUUAGGGGGCGUUACUGAUGAAGUGUGUGCAGCCUGCACAAGAAACAAAGCAGAGGUCAUGCCUUUCAUGCAAUUUUUUUCAAAUCCUCAGUCGCAUUAUGCAGGCUUAGAAUGUAUUAAAAAUCUAAACAUAUAGCCCAACGUUUAUCACAACUAAUGUUGCAGAAAUAACUCUAAAUUAAGCAUAUAGGAGAACUUGUUUCUUUGUUAACCUAACACAGAAUAGCUAUGUGUGCGCUCUUCCACAGAAAUCGUUUGAAAAAAGACCUUUGUGUUUUAUUCAGCUAUAGUGGGGCAAAAAAGUAUUUCAUCAGCCACCAAUUGUGCAUGCCCCCUCACUUAAAAAUGAAAGAGGCCUGUAAUUUUCAUCAUAGGUACACUUCAACUAUGACAGACAAAAUGAGGGGGAAAAAUCCAGAAAAUCACAUUGUAGGAUUUUUCAUGAAUUUAUUUGCAAAUUAUGGUGGAAAAUAAGUAUUUGGUCACCUACAAACAAGCAAGAUUUCUGGCUCUCACAGACCUGUAACUUCUUCUUUAAGAGGCUCCUCUGUCCUCCACUCGUUACCUGUAUUAAUGGCACCUGUUUGAACUUGUUAUCAGUAUAAAAGACACCUGUCCACAACCUCAAACAGUCACACUCCAAACUCCGCUAUGGCCAAGACCCAAAGAGCUGUCAAAGGACACCAGAAACAAAAUUGUAGACCUGCACCAGGCUGGGAAGACUGAAUCUGCAAUAGGUAAGCAGCUUGGUUUGAAGAAAUCAACUGUGGGAGAAAUUAUUAGGAAAUGGAAGACAUACAAGACCACUGAUAAUCUCCCUCGGUCUGGGGCUCCACGCAAGAUCUCACCCCGUGAGGUCAAAAUGAUCACAAGAACGGUGAGCAAAAAUCCCAGAACCACACGGGGGGACCUAGUGAAUGACCUGCAGAGAGCUGAGACCAAAAGUGUUUGACCUCUGUCAUUGCCAACAAAGGGUAUAUAACAAAGUAUUGAGAAACUUUUGUUAUUGACCAAAUACUUAUUUUCCGCCAUAAUUUGCAAAUAAAUUCAUAAGAAAUCCUACAAUGUGAUUUUCUGUAAUUUUUUUAUCUAAUUGUCUGUCAUGAUGAAAAUUACAGGCCUCUCAUCUUUUUAAGUGGGAGAACCUGCACAAUUGGUGACUGACUAAAUACUUUUUUGCCCCACUAUAUGUUCAAAAAUAUUUUCUUUAUAGUGUAAAAUAAUACCCCGGAAUUCUAAGCAAAUUUUGUCUGCGCCCAGAGCCAUAUGGCAUAGCCAGAUUCUGCUCUUCUGAAAUAGGCUACCUAUUCUUCAUAUCAUGUUUCUUUAGACCUGUAAUGGAUUUAUCGUGAUGGUGUAGGCUAUAUUACAUUGAUUUAUCGUGAUGGUGUAGGCUAUAUUACAUUGAUUUAUCGUGAUGGUGUAGGCUAUAUUACAUUGAUUUAUUAGACUUUUUAAAAUGUAGAUGUUCCAAAGUUCUACAUCAGUGGCUUGUAGGCUGCGUGGAAGCCAGGAGAUGCUAAAUAUGUUUAUAUUAAUUGACGGUCAAUUACAGUGACACCGGCAGUUAUUUUCACCGGCUGACAAAAUUUCAUGACCACCACAGCCCUACACCUUCCUAAUAUUGAGUUGCCUCAAUUCGUCGGGGCAUGGUGUCGAUAGUGUUCCACAGGGAUGCUGGCCCAUGUUGAGUCCAGUGCUUCCCAAAGUUAUAUCAAGUUGGCUGGAUGUCCUUUGGGGGGUGGACCAUUCUUGAUACAGACGGAAAACUGUUGCGCAUGAAAAACCCAGCAGUGUUGCAGUUCUUGACACUCAAACCAGUGCGCCUGGCACCUACUACCAUACCCCUUUCAAAGGCACUUAAAUAUUUGUCUUGCCCAUCCACCCUCUGAAUGGCACACACACACACACCAUGUCUGAAAGCUUACAAGUCCUUUACCCUGUUGUCCCUCCUUCAUCUACACAGAAUUUGAAGUGGAUUGAACAAGUGUCAUCAAUAAGGGAUCAUUCAGUAGCUUUCACCUGGAUUUCCUUGGUCAGUCUGUCAUGGAAAGAGCAGGUGUUCAUAAUAUUUUGUACACUCAAUGUGCGUACAGUCUUAAACAGAGCAGCAGAAACGACCUUGUCUCUGCAUGCUGUGGUGGGGGCUUGGGACCUGUGGAUGGUGUGAUGGGACAUGAGAGCUAAACCACUGCUCGCAAGUCACGGUUUGAGAAGGGACAGCUGGAAGUGAUGCUAUUCCUGCUGGAUGAGGAGGAGAGGAACCUCACUGGGACAUUCCUUGCUGAGAUCCCAUCACUUGAAACUGUGCAAUGUGUUCUUAUGGUUUGUGGUGUAUAUAUUACCUGACCCUGGUACAAACUGUGCCAUACUGAAAGAGCUGAGAGAAACUUGUGCCCCUUCUGACAAGCUGUGACAGCAGUCAGGUAGGGCAGCACACAGGGCAUGUUCAAGGGAAUAGCAUCUGUAGAUGUUUUAUUUAAUCUUUUAGUUUGACAGGGAAAUCACACCAAUGUCUCUUUUACAGGUGUGCCCUGUAGAUUAAUACUUGUGUGUGCAGACUAAAGUAAACAGAAAUUGUAUUGUAGAUCUGUAAUGAUGCAAUGGGAUGCGUGAGAUAACGAGCGGUAUUAGUUCCGGUACUUUGGACAAAUCACGAUUUCGCAGGUGUUUCGGAAGGAGAGGGGACAUUUGACCCAUAGACAUGCCGUAACCUGCAGAGAGAGAGAAGGUGGAGGUCUUCGUUCCGGGUCUGAUCCUUUUUCGAUAUCUUCUCUUAACGUGUGGAACCAGAACUUUAAAUGAGCAUUUUACCAAUUAUACAAUACUUUAGUUCUGGGUUAACUAAGAUUGGCAUGUGUGUAUGUGUCAUGUGUAUGUAUCUAUGUGAAUGUGAGUAAGAUCCCUGCUGUCAUGUUGGCAUACAUUAUGCCCGUGGGCAGCAGGUAGCCUAGCGGUUAAAAACUAAAAGGGCAUUUUGAUCAAGAGGAGAAGAGUUAAGUCAACUACCACUUAUAAGCCACAGACUCUUUUCCUCCACCCUCCCCUCCCAUCCUCCACCCUCGACCCUCUACUCUCCUCGGCCAUCUUGCACUCUCCCCUCCUCCAAUCUCCCCUCCUCCACCCUCCUCAACUCUCUUCUCCCCUCCUCCACUCUCUUCUCCCCUCCUCCACCCAUUGUAGAGCCAGUAGAGAAACUAUGAUUUUCUGUGAAUGUAGGAAUAUUUUUUUGAAAGAGAUGCCAAGUUAGACUGACCCUUCCAGUGGGCUUUGGAUUUGAUGUCUGCUAGUUUUGAACAUACAGCAACUCUGCGGCCUUCUGUCUUCAGAGUCCUAAUGAGGAAUCAAUAGAGCACAAGUGUGUACUCAUACGCUUGUGCAUAUCUCUUAUGUGCAGCAACUUUCACAGGCUUACUGACAUGCAUGCGCGCGCACACACACACACACACACACACACACACACACAGUCAUGUGCUUAAACACAGGGAUGAUUGUCCAGCCCGUUCAGGAAUAAAAGACAGUUGUGUCUGGACACUACUCUGAUUGUAGGCCUAUGUCUACUUGACGGGUUUUGCCUACGCCGGCCAAACCCAGACGUCGCUGGGCCAAUUGUGCGACGCCCUAUGGGACUCCCAAUUACGGCUGGUUAUGAUACAGCCUGGAUUCGAACCAGGGUGUCUGUAGUGACGCCUCUAGCACUGAGAUGCAGUGCCUUAGACUGCUGCACCACUCGGGAGCCCCCUUGAUCAUUGCAGUAUACUCAUCAGAGUUCAGAGAGAGCUUUGUUUUGGUCAAUGGUUAUCGUAACACUAACUCCGUAUUGAUAUGUAGAUUCAGCGAUGUGACGUAGAUGCAGAAAGUAAACCGCAUAGUUGGUCAAUUUCCACAACAACUAAGAGCAUUGAAGCGCGAAGCUCAACUUCUCCGCUGUUUUGGUGCCCUGGCUACCAAGCUGUGAACAGCGUGAAGCGAACCCGUGCACAUGCACAGAUACUGUGUGAGAGUGAAGUCUUGCAUCUCGCUCGUCUCAAUAUAUGCUGUGCUGCUCGUGGCAACGUCAUUUCACUGAGUCAACCUAUAACAUGUUCACACAGCAUUAUAUCGGAUGACAAAAUCAUUGUUUUGUUUCCUGUGAAGGCUUUCUGUCAGUCUUACCUUAACUUGUUCCUCUCUUGAAAGGUGGGGAGUGUGCACACUGAAUGUAUCCAUCCUGCCUAAUUUCAGCUUGUUCUUAUGAUGAAAGUGUUUGGCGUCUGUGAUUUAAAUUGUUACCAUCAACGGUUAAGGGCUGCACAUGGCUCUUAUUACCAGCCAUAUGCCUCGUGACUAGUUCAACAGAAGAUUUAUUGAACCUCUACGAACACCACGUUUUAAGUUAAAUCAUUUUUUAUUUAUUGUGUACUGAACAAAAAUAUAAAUGCAACAUGUGAAGCGUUGAUCCCAUGUUUCAUGAGCUGAAAUAAAACAAAUCCCAGGAAUGUUCCAUAUGCACACAUUUGUUUACAUCCAUGUUAGUGAGCAUUUCUCCUUUGCCAAGAUAAUCCAUCCACCAGACAGGUCUGCCAUAACAAGAAGCUGAUUAAACAGCAUGAUCAUUACACAGGUGCACCUUGUGCUGGGGAUAAUAAAAGGCCACUCUAAAAUGUGCGGUUUUGUCACAAAACACAAUUCCACAGAUGUCUCAAGUUUUGAGGGAGCAUGCAAUUGGCAUGUAGACUGCAGGAAUGUCCACCAAAGCUGUUGCCAGAGAAUUUAAAGUCAAUUUCUAUACCAUAAACCGCCUCCAAUGACGUUUUAGAGAAUUUGGCAGUACGUCCAACCGGCCUCACGACCGCAGACCACUUUUAACCACACCAGCCCAGGACCUCCACGUCUGGCAUUUUCACCUGUGGGAUCGUCUGAGGCCAGCCACCCAGACAGCUGAUAAAACUGAGGUGUAUGCCUGUCUGUAAUAAAGCCCUUUUGUGGGGAAAAGCUGUCUCCCCCAAUGGCUGGGCCUAAUUCAUUUAUUUCAAUUGACUGAUUUCCUCAUAUGAACUGUAACUCUGUAAACUCACUGAAAUUGUUGCAUGUUGUGUUUAUAUUUCUGUUCAGUAUAUACAGUAUUUGAGGGCCUGUAUCUAAUCAUGUCUAAUCUUAACACCAAACAAUGUGUUAUUGCACUGUACAAUGUUUCAGUUCAGAAAUGUGUUCAAGACAAAUCAAUUGCAAAUUGUAUCUUUAAUUUGUCAAUCGAGGAGAAGCUGAGAUACGUUUACAAUGCAUUGGUCAAAAAGGAAUGGUUUGUCUCGUCUGUCACCAUUUGCGAUUUUUUAAAUAUUUUUUUUAUUUCUUUAUUUGGGUUCAACAGUAUUUCUACAUCUCAAUGUGUUUAUUACUUCUGGUUUAGUUUGUCUUUAAAUUAAAAUAUAUAUUAUU